AUGACGGAUAGCGACGAGGAAGCGAUGGCUCUGUCUGAGGACGAGGAGCACGAGAGAAAUACAAAGCGUGCGCGCACUGGGGAACCUGCCACGACGGUCGACCCUUCACCAGCGCCCAAAUGGUCCAAUCCGGAUCCCUACACUGCUCUUCCCCCUCCCGCUACCACCGAAGGGACUGCGAAGCGUACCGACGUGCUGAAACUUAUUCGAAAAGCGCGCAUUGAGUCUUCUCGAAACCCAGGACUUGUCGCCAGUGCGGACGACUUCAUUUCAUUCGAGGCAGAUGAACCCCAUGCCGAAGAUUCAGGACCAAUCUUGCCUCCUCCAGAAUCUCCUCCUCCACCGCCUUCAGACUCAAUUCCUCUACCAUCCUCCGACUCUAUUCCUCCACCGCCUUCCGAACCUAUUCCUCCACCGCCUUCCGACUCUAUUCCUCUACCUCCUCCAGAUUCUAUUCCUCCAACCCCUCUAGACUCGCCUCAAGACCGGUCCGUGGAUGUAGAGGUGGCGGAAGAGAGCGCCGCCGUCCCAGAAGAUAAGGUGCUUGGAAAACGAAAGAGAGGACAGACUAUUGGAAGCCAGUCCCCGGGAAGAGCGUCACGUAAUAAGGCUUCUGGGGACGUCAUGGUACAACAGCGGUGGGCAGUAGUACAAGGCGUGAAUCCGGCACCUUGGCUUACUGCGUCCGACGGCACUGAUAUUCCUGGCAUUGCGCUACACAAGGAAAUCAUUGACUUCUAUCACUGGAUCAAGCCUAAGGCUUACGAGCAGCAAGUGCGUGACAGUGUCUUUCAGCGCCUUAGUAGCGACCUGCAAAAGUGCAUGCCUGGUGAACUCAAGGCUUUCGGGUCCUACGCCGCUGGAUUAUACCUGCCAACGGGCGACAUGGAUCUGGUCUACUUUACACGUGGCUAUAGACGUGGACAACUUCCAACGAAAGAUGAAGGCAGAAGACUCCUGUCUAUAUUUGCCAAGUUUCUUCGGACCAAGAACAUGGCGAAACCUGGCUCGGUGAUUACCAUCCCCUUUGCAAAGGUUCCCAUCAUCAAAUUCGUUGAUAGAAUCAGUGGCCUUAAGGUGGACCUCUGUUUCGACAACGAUUCUGGUGUUGCUGCUGUGGAAACUUUCCAGAAAUGGAAGAAAGAGUAUCCGGCCAUGCCCAUUAUCGUGGCUAUUGUCAAACAAUUUCUCAUGAUUCGCGGCCUCAAUGAUGUGGCUACUGGCGGGUUAGGCGGCUUCUCUACCAUAUGUCUAGUUACGAGCCUGCUUCAACAUAUGCCACCCACAAAACAACGCUUGAAUCUAGGGGAAGUCUUGCUGGAGUUUUUCAAUCUUUACGGCAACGUCUUUGACAAGAAUUCUGUUGGGAUCCGACUCGACCCGCCAGCAUAUGUCGAUAAGAGUUCCUACAUGCCUUAUGCUUUCAAGGAUAAAGAUGGCCGGCUGACCAUUGUCGAUCCAAAUCGUCCCGAUAAUAAUAUCUCCGGCGGCACACGCUUGAUCGACAACAUCAUGGCAUGUUUCUCCUCGGCACAUCGCACGCUCUUGGAUCAACUCAACGAAUAUGAGCAGCGAGUACUUCAUGGACAGCCUCAGAGUCUGCUGGAGUGCCUGAUCGGCGGCAACUUUACCUUGUACGAGACCCAGAGACAGACGUUGCUCAACCUAUCCACAGCCUCCACAAAUGUUCCAUUGGCCACAGCUGGGCACCUCCCUCCUCCUCAUCCUCUGGUUGUCAAUGCAGCAGUUCCUGGGCCCAAGAAGGGAAAGAACAAGCCAUCCGGUGGCGCUCAGAAGGAGUCGGACACGAAGAUGCAGGAUGCUCCGUCGUCGAGCGAAAGCUUACAGACUCCAACCUCGAAGAAGCUCAGCAAGGGCGAAAGAAGAGCUAACCGACUGAGACGCCUUCGGCCUGAGUUGGCCUCGUCAAUUGGCAAAACCAUUAGCCGACAACAAGCCGUCACACUGGGAGGCUACAAAACCCCAGAGGCCAUGGAAAGAGAUCUUCAAAGCAGAGAAGCUGCCUCACAGAAGGCCGCAGCUAAGGCAAAAUGA